AUUAUUUUCGACGUUUGAAUGCGAAUAUUAUACUGUGGGUACCCUAGUUUUGCGUUUCACGGUUUAAUGACCUUCUUGAUAUCGGUUUUAAAUUUAAUAUAUUAUUAAAUCGUGUUUUUUCAUUGCACUACGACCAUAGCCGCUGUUGGUUUCUUUUACUUUUUUUUUUGUUUUUCAUAUUCACAUUUCACCGUCGUCCGUCCGGUCCAUUCGUUUGUGUGUGUUUGUGCGUGUGUGUGCGUACGUUGAAUUUUGAGACUAGUUUAUAUCGCACCGCAUAUUAUCGUUUGAAUUUAUGUACAUACAUAUAUAAUCUAUAUAUGCAUUAUAUUUUUCUUAUCCGACAAAAAAAAAACGCGCGCACACACUCGCACAGUCGAUUUCGAUUGCUGGACGUCGAUCGUUUCCCCGAACUCAGAAAAAUUUUUCAUUUCCUCUUGGCCGCCAGUCGAUAUUAUUGUUAGCCGUGGUUCGUGAUAAAAAAUCACUCUGACUACCUUUCCUUUUGGCGUGUGCACACUCCCAACAAUCAAAACGCAAAGGCGUUCAGAAAUCAGCCGAAAAAAAAAUAAAAUCUGGUUACAACAGUACAUUUUCUAGUGUUAUGGUAGAUUAAUAGAGUAAAACAUUAGUCUCAAAUAGACUGUAUUAACAACAUCAAUGCGGCAGACUACAGAAGAUACCAUGAACGUUUUGGCACCACAACAAUAUUGUUUACGUUGGAAGUAUCAUCACUCAAACUUACAGGCAAUGUUCUCUCAACUUUUAGAAAGAGAGAGUUAUUGCGAUGUCACUUUAGCAUGUGAAGGAAAAACUUUGAGAGCGCACAAGGUGAUGCUCUCAGCUUGUAGUACCUAUUUUGACACUAUAUUAUCGCAGCAUGACGAAAACAAAGCAAUAGUCAUAUUAAAAGAUGUUAAGUUUUCUGACAUUCAAGCACUUGUCAGUUUCAUGUAUAAAGGAGAAAUAAAUGUUGAAAAUACUGAACUUUCUUCAUUAUUGAAAACUGCUGAAGAGCUAAAGAUAAAAGGUUUAGCCGAGGUGUCAUGGAGAUCGGACGAAGAACAACAGAGUCACACAUAUACUGCUACUGCUAACGAACCUAGUAUAAGUAAAAAAAGAAAACUAGAGUCUUUGCAUACCACUACUAACAUUAAGAAAGAAUUUUCUGACAAACCAAAAGUAAAUUUUGAUGAUAUGGAUACAGCAGAUGCUGACGAUGGGUCUGAACCCGAUCAAUCGAUUUGGGAACCUGAGAUGCAACAAGUAGUCGAUUCAGAAAAUGUAGGAGUUUCAAAGAAAACGACACUUACGUCGAAUGUUACCUCUUAUACCUCGGAAGAAGAUAGAGGAAACAGUACUACCACAAUUAGUCAAGGGUUUAGCGAACAGCCAGCUCAUGUUCCUGAUUUAAGUCAGUUUUCUGAUGUGAUGAAAAUGAAUGAUUACCUGGAAUCCGGUGGUCGUCGUCCACAGUUUUGGGAAGAGCCAUUUACAAAACGUCUAAUGGAAGCUAUAAAAAAUAAAGAACUCGAAAUGAAAGUAGCAGCAGAGUUAAUGGGAGUUUCCUACGGCACUCUUUACGGUCGAUACCGGGACGCAUAUGGUUGUCUAAAACAUCCGUAUAGGGUUCGAGAUUUUUGGUUGGAACAAGGGCCAGCUGAUGUUUUAGCUAAGUUGCAACGAAAAGAACUGACUUUGUUUCGUGCAGCUGAAAUUCUCAAUGUCACUGUAACUACUUUGGCAAAUUAUUUGUCAACAAUGCGACAAGGCGACAAUCCACUAACAGUAGCCAAUACCACUUCGAAUGCUACUGAUAGGUCGACAUUGAGUGUCGAGGGAAUGAUGUCAGAAAGUGAUAGAGAACAAGACUCCGACGACGACGAAGACAAUAAAGAAGAAGCCAAUAUUUUGAUGACAAGCACCAGCAACGCUCAAUCUCAACAAAACAUACCAGACAUCACUGUUGUACGUACUCCGAGUACUAUGUCAAAAAUUAACAACCUAAAUGGUAACUAGCGCUAUAAGUUAAACAAAAUUAAUUGGCUAGGCUCCCAUAUGACUUACACUGAACUUUAAGUAUGUAAUGUGACCUAAAGAUGAUGAUAAUGAUGAUAGCUUGCCAAUUUUUAAUAAUAUUGAUGUUUAUUCUUUACUUUGUUUUGUUUUGUUUAUUUUUUGUUUUUAAUUUAAUUUAAUUCUAUUAUUACUUUUAUCGCCAAAUACCUGGUGUGUUUAUUUUCAUAAAAGCUGGAAA